AUGGAGUCCUUCUCGCUUGUCAUACUUUUAGUCGUACUAAUCAACACAACGACAGCGCUGUUGGAACCACGAAAGGUUCUCCACAUUCCGGAAAAAAUAAUCGGUGGGGUCAUUGACAUGGUCCAAAGCCACAAAAACAAGCCAACGCAAGCCUAUCAAACUCAAUCGCAAACGCAAGUGCAAGGAAAUCAGCAGUACACAGCAUGGGCUCCAGCCGCCAACCAAGCCUACCAGAGUCAGUCGCAAUCGCAAUUCCAAGGCCAAAAUCAGUAUAACAAUUAUGGUAAUUAUCCUGCUGUGCCCACUGGAACGUACCCAGCUACAGCUAGUCAAACAAUUCCGACCCAGGCCAGUUACGGUGGGUCUCAAACCCAAGGACAGUUUCAAAACUUCGCCCAACAAUCAGGAAAUCAAUUCCAAGCGCAGAACCAAAAUUACCACGGUCAGGCUCAAAAUCAGUUUCAAGGGCAACAGAACAAUUUCCAGAAUCAAAAUCAGGUCCAGUUGCAAGGCCAGAACCAGUAUGGAGUGAACCAACCUAACUAUGUCCAAGGGCAGGGCCAAUUUCAGAAUCAAGCCCAAUAUGUUGGAAAUAAUCAAAAUCAAUUACAAGUGCAAACUGGGCAGUAUGGACACAAUACUGGGCAAAACUACCAAACUAGCCAAUUUAACGGACAGAGCUAUCAACCUGGCCAAUUUUCCGGCCAAAACACACAAUUCAUUGGUUCGGGGUCUGGACUAGGGUCUGCCCAAGUGCCUUUUCAAGGUAUAACUAAUGUUAUUGGGCAAAAUGAAGGGUUACAAACCCCUGGCAGCCAGCAGCCUGUUGGAAGUGGUCCAACUUGUGUUUGUCAAGCGUGGACUAAGCAUCCUUUGAAUGGUCUUGAUGCCGCAGGAAAAUCAGAAGACAUUACUGAAAAAAGUGAAGUUAAAACUGACUCCUGA